AUCUUAUUUGAUCCUAGAAACACGCUCGAAAUGGACCACAGCCACCACAUGAAUUCCAUGGAAGGCCACGGCGGCCACGGCGGCGGCAACAUGGACGACAUGUGCAGCAUGAGCAUGCUCUUCACAUGGGACACCACCAAUCUCUGCAUCGUGUUCCGCCAGUGGCACAUCCGCUCCAACACCUCGCUCGUCCUGUCUCUCAUCGCAGUUGUUCUCAUCGGCAUGGGAUACGAGGCUCUGCGCUCCGUGUCCCGCAACUACGAGGCAUCUCUGGCGAAGCGACUAGAGACCGUUCCAAGGCAAAACCGCGACGAUUUCAGCAAGCGAGGCCACCUCAUCAAAGCCCUACUCUACGCCUUUCAGAACUUUUACGCCUUUAUGCUCAUGCUUGUCUUCAUGACUUAUAACGGCUGGGUUAUGGUUGCUGUCUCGGCGGGUGCCUUUUUCGGCUACCUCUUGUUCGGCCAUUCCACGUCGGCAACAAAGGACAAUGCUUGCCAUUAAGAAAUGCGGUAUAUUACAGCUGCUUCCAGAUUUAUGCGCUUGGAGUGCGUGUUAGAAAGCGAAAUGAUUUGCUUGAUUGAUUUGCAACAUGCUUGAACAAUUACUCUAUCUGUAUGGUGUCGUCGACGAAACCUUCAUCGUCUUACUCUAUUGCGUAUACAAAGUAGACAGAUUGGGGUCGCUUCAUGGAUAACGUGGCGACCUUGCCUGGUCUUGUGACAGUUAUCAAUUUCAUUACAUCUUGGC